AUGACCUCCCUGAAAGGAAACGAAGCGCUAUUGCUGCUCCUGUUGGCCUCCUGCCUGAUCGUAAGCCGCGUCUCCUCGCAGAAUCCUCGGCACGAGAAGUUCCUGAGGCAGCACAACGACUUCCCCCGGACCAAUGUGGCCGGGCAGGAUUACUGUGGGGCCAUGAUGCUGCGCCGGGGGAUGACGAGGCCUUGCAAAGACACCAACAGCUUUGUCCAUGCGCCCAGGAGCGACGUGAAGGACAUCUGCAGCAGUGGCGGGACCCAUUACCGCCGGGCCCUGAGGCUCAGCAGGGCACAGUUAUCUGUCACCACCUGCAAGCUGCAGGGAACUUUGCGGGGCCAGUGCCGCUACUGGGCCCACACGGGACAAAGGCACAUUGUCAUAGGUUGCGAUGCAUCGGGGUGGCCUGUCCAUUUUGAAGAAAGCAAUUUCAUGUAG